AUGAACCAAGACGAUGUAGAGUUUCCAGUAAACAGUCGGGGGGACGGGGACCAUCUUGUGCUUCCUUCCAGCCAAGGUGGAAAUGACGUAGAAGAGAAUUCUAUUCCCCCAAUCCCUCAAUCAGCAGACAACCAGAGUAGAAACCUGAAUGGGGGGGGGGGACUGACAAUGCUGGAUGAAAACAACCGGAUUUUUGUUUUCUUUCAAAACCAAAAUAGAGAGAACUCUUUGAGACAAGUGUCCUUUGAGACGACAAUAUCAUACACUCUUGAUAGUUAUAGACGAGGUAUAGUCACAUGUGUUGAAAUUGGUGGGGGGAGAAGUGUUGUAUGGUUUCACGAAACACGUGUAAGUCGUAUUGAUAAAUCAGCAAUCAUUAGAAAUCACGUGUCUUAA